AGAGUCACUAUAACCCAAGGCGGAUUUAUCCCAAACCAGCGUCGCCGCCGCCGCGCCGAUUCAAUUUUCAAACCCAAGCCAGGCAGCCGCAGCCACGCCUCAUCCUCGUCCCUGUGCUCCCUCCCUGACACCCCGACGCCCACUCCACAGCCAGGCAAAAUGGUCAACAUGAGCGUGGCAGGGUUUAGGGACAGCGUGAAAAGGGAGUCGAACAACUUCUUGUCACUCUGCCAAUACUUUCGAGGGGUACUGAAGACCACUCCUGACCUCACUGAGGAUAUCAUAGGGGACAUCACUGUGGCGAUUGGCCAGGCAGAGCUGCUCAUGAAGGAACGCUUUGUCCAGUUCUCUGACCUUAUUGAUGACUGUGAGCUGAAUCGUGGGGAAAAGGAAGUCACCUGUCAAGAUCUUCAGGGUUUCUGGGACAUUGUCUACAUACAGGUGGAAGAUGUUGUUAAUAAAUUUAAUCAGCUUAAAAAACUUCAAAAAAAUGGGUGGGAGGUGACCAAACCAUCAGCACCACCACCACAACAAAGGCAGCCUCUUGUGAAGAAGGUAGAGAAUAAGAAGAUUGGUCCAUCCAAGCCAUCACGUGGCAAUAGUGACCUUCGGGCCAUGAUUCAGGCAGCACGACAGAAGGCCAGAGAGGAGAAGUCUAAUGCCAAUGGGGAUGCAAAGCAGUCCCAGUUUAGUGUGUGCCUGGAAGUCUUGAGUUCCCACAAGGAGGCACCAGAGGAGAGAAAAGAGGUCGAGAUUGCUGCCUUCAGGACGCCCAUCAAGACAAAAACAUUCGCACGGAAGCACCAUACUCCAGGUCGGUCUGAGGUGCGGGUGCUAGCGUCGCCAAUGCUCAAGGAACAGCUGCACAUGUCGCCCGUCAUCCACAAGGACUACUCCCCGUGCAUGAGGGUCACUCGCUCCAUGAAGGCCCGAGCCAAUCUCAGAAAGCUGGACCUUAACCUUUAGGUCAGUCAGGGACUGUAUGUUACUGCUUCAAGACUUUGGUUGCAGCUCAUGCAUUUUUUAUGUACAUCACACGUGUUUAGGCAAGAAGCUCUAUGAAGUUUUCAGUGCACAGUUUUUCAUCACACAGUAUAAAGACUGACACCAUUGUGCUACCAAAUAAUAGUUUUAUUAAUUUAAGUGAUCAUUAGAUAACCUUUGUUGGGGAUCUGAGCCCAAGCAACAAACUUUUUUUUUAGAAGAAAAUGCAUAUUAUUUGUCUGCAAGAAUAAAGAAACCCAUAUAUGUUUUGAAAAUUUGCUGUUCAUGAUUCAAUGUAGCCCACAAGAGUAUUUUCUAGGAUUAGAAGAGUGAUCACUUCAUGUAUUCUCUAAGGUUGACCAAGCCCUUAAUAUCUCUACUCAGCUAUGUUGUAUUAUGUUUUCAUACAAUCAGUCGGUAUAAAUUUGCUUCUGCAGCCAUAGUUCAUUUGUUUAGUAAGGAAACUGAGCUAGUGCAUACUAAUGCACUGUUCCAGUGGUUCCAACACCAAGACACACGAGCAGCUUUACAUUGGUGUCAGUCUUUCCCCUUCAGUUCACACAAGUGACUUCACCAUGUUACACACACAUAUUAAGAGGACAAUCAAAAAUGUGCCUGAAAUUUUGUAUACAAAUAUAUUCUAUUAAUGCAUA